AUGGAGGCUGAAGGGCCGCCCCAGGCUAGUGGCUGCUGUCCUGUAGCUCUGGGGAAGCUCCUGCCUGGCCUCUGCUUCCUCAGCUGCCUGGUGACCUACGCGCUGCUGGGUGCUGUGCUCUUCUCCGCAGUUGAGGGCAGCCAGGUCCAGGGGGCGGAAGAUAAUCCUGAAUUCCAGAUAUUCCUGACUGAGCUGUGCAGGGUCCUGAACUGCACCGAGAUAGCCUCGAAAGAUGAGAAACAGGAAGUGCUGAGACUUCUGGAGAACGCGAAGCCUGAGAGGUGGUCCCAGAAGGCGCAGGAGUGGAACUUCUCGAGUGCGCUGUUUUUCUGCUGCACGGUGUUCAGCACGGUGGGUUAUGGCCACAUGUUCCCUGUCACAAGACUUGGCAGGUUCCUGUGCAUGCUCUAUGCCCUCUUUGGCAUCCCCCUGAUGUUCCUGGUCCUCACAGACAUCGGUGACAUCCUGGCAGCUGUCUUAUCCAAGUCUUACAAUGGGCUCCGAACACUUCCUUUCUUCCUCUGCUCGCCCUCCAUGUGGUGCUCCCUGCUGCCCUGCAGGAGAAAGUCCAGCUCCAGGCCCACAGACGAAGCCAUCCCUCAGAUCAUCAUCAAUGACAGAGAGCCGCCCAGCCCUAAUCCCGGCCGGUGUCCUUCAGCCCCAGGUGGCAACAUAGAGCUAUUCGAGAGAUUUGUCACCAGACAGCAGGAGAACUUGCUCCAGCUGCCCCCGUGCACUAUGGACAGGAGCAGCUCAUGCCCCGAGCUGGGGCUGGGGAGGCUCUCGUACUCCAUCAUCAGCAACCUGGACGAGGUGGGCCAGGAAGUGGAGAGGCUGGACAUCCCCCUCCCUGUCAUCACCCUUGUGGUCUUUGCCUACAUUUCCUGUGCCGCUGCCGUCUUGCCUUGCUGGGAGAAAGAAAUGAACUUUGAGGAGGCCUUCUAUUUCUGUUUUGUCACCCUGACCACCAUUGGCUUUGGGGACAUUAAGUUAGCUCACCCUGACUUCUUCUUGUUCUUCUCCAUCUACAUCAUCGUGGGAAUGGAGAUUGUGUUUAUUGCUUUCAAGUUGAUGCAAAACAGGAUCAUUGACACCUACAAAAAUCUCAUGCUGUCCUUUGCAAAAGGGAAGUGUUACCACCUUGUGAAAAAGUGA